UUCCAGCAUUGGAAUCACCUACAGAAAACAGAUGGAAUUUACUUGAUGCUAAAUCUUUAAAUGAAUUUUUAAUGGAUGCUGAAUACUUGAGUUAACUGGAGUCAGUGCAUUUUGCCUCUUUUUUUUUUUGCUUUUCCUUUUUUUUUUUUUGGGGGGGGGGAGAGGGGGAGUGAAAGUGGGUGGGAAGAUGCAAAGUUCACAGGUUCUUUUCUGUUACCUGAUUAAGGCAGAAUAAACAAAAAUGCUGAAUAUGAAAGAUAUCAAAUAUUGGAGAUACCUGGAAAUAAACUGGAAACAACCAAUACCACAAGACGAAGCAGCAGUGAACAAGAUGCUGUGAAAAAAGAAAUCACAAGACGAGAGUGCACAAUGCAUUUCAAAUUGAAAAAAGCCUCCUAUCUGCUGAAUGAGUCUCAGUAUAUUCUGACAGAGCACAGAUAAAGCUUCAGUCAACUAUCUCCUAGCUGCCUCCAAAAGAAUAUUUUCAAGUGCAGAAAGCAAUAUGCAACAGUCAAGAGCCUCAUGACAAUAGACCAAGAACAAGAAUGGAAGUAAAUUUAUUCAGCAAUUCUACUGUUAUAAACAGUUCAUCCAUCAACCAUAAACAGUUAGAAGGGCAUAGCCUGUGGGAAGUUAUUACUAUUGCCACUGUAACUGCAAUUGUAAGCUUAAUAACCAUAGUGGGAAAUAUUCUUGUGAUGAUAUCCUUCAAGGUUAACAGUCAGCUCAAAACCGUUAACAAUUAUUACUUGCUCAGCCUUGCCUGUGCAGACCUCAUCAUUGGAAUAUUUUCUAUGAACCUCUAUACAUCUUAUAUACUCAUAGGCCAUUGGUCUCUUGGAAGUCUGGCAUGUGAUCUGUGGCUAGCGCUGGAUUAUGUAGCUAGCAAUGCCUCAGUAAUGAACCUUCUAGUCAUCAGCUUUGACAGAUAUUUUUCCAUCACAAGGCCUUUAACAUACAGGGCUAAACGCACACCCAAAAGAGCUGGCAUCAUGAUUGGUCUAGCUUGGCUAAUUUCCUUCAUUUUGUGGGCACCUGUUAUCUUGUGCUGGCAGUAUUUUGUUGGUGAACGAACAGUACCACCUGAGGAAUGCCAGAUACAGUUCUUAUAUGAGCCCAUUAUCACCUUUGGUACUGCAAUUGCUGCUUUUUAUAUUCCAGUGUCUGUGAUGACCAUUUUGUAUUGCCGCAUCUAUAAAGAGACGGAGAAACGUACCAAGGACCUUGCUGAACUUCAGGGUUCUGAGUCUGUGGCAGAGUUUGAGAUGAUAAAGCCUCAGAAAGCUCUUCUGAAGUCUUGUUUCAGUUGCAAGCAACAAAAUUUAGUCAAAAGAGAGAGAUGUCAGGCUUCCUGGUCUUCAUCUAGUCGAAGUACAUCAGCUACAGUGAAAGCAUCUCAGGCAGCGAGUACUUGCAAUGACUGGUCUAAGGCUGACCAGUUAACCACCUGCAGCAGCUAUGCAUCUUCAGAAGAAGAGGAUAAACUUGCCACUGAUUCAGUUUUCCAAGUAGCUUACAAAAGUCCAUCUAAAGAUAACGAAGAAGAGUUUAAUGAAAGGGAGAGUAAGGAUGUUGAUGUCAAAGACCAACCUGAAGAAAAUGAUUUUGAGGCCCAGAAAUAUUUUUUAUCACCUGCCAAAGGCCAAAAAAAUAAAAAAUGUGUGGCCUAUAAAUUCCGCUUGGUGGUUAAGGCUGAUGGCACUCAGGAAGCCAACAAUGGCUGCCGUAAAGUAAAAAUAACUCCUUGUUCUGCUGCUAUGUCAAAAGAUCCUUCCAUCAAAAGCAUGGAUCCAAAUAUAAAUAACCAAAUCACCAAAAGGAAAAGGAUGGUUCUUAUAAAGGAACGCAAAGCAGCACAGACUUUAAGUGCCAUUCUUUUGGCAUUUAUCAUCACGUGGACUCCCUACAAUAUAAUGGUUUUGAUCUCCACAUUCUGCUCUGACUGCAUUCCCCUGACACUGUGGCACCUUGGAUAUUGGCUAUGCUAUGUGAACAGCACUGUUAACCCCAUUUGUUAUGCUCUCUGUAACAAAACUUUCAGGAAAACUUUUAAGAUGCUGCUUUUCUGCCAGUGGAAAAAGAAAAAAGUGGAAGAGAAACUAUACUGGCAGGGUAAUACCAGACUGCCGUAACUGCUCUUAUAUAAGCGAUAAAGGGAAAAAUAGAUAUUGACAUCAUAGCCCAACAAAUGGGCUGUAAUUCUGUCUUGUCAAAGCUAUUCCUUUAUAUGUCUAGGGGUUAAAAAAAAAAAAA